AUCUUCAGCGGGAGAUACACAAACGGCACAAAAUGAAAAGGUGCGGGGGGAAAGAAGAAAACUACAAUAAAAAACAAUAAACAAUAAAUAAAGUUGGUGGGCCGUCGUGCGAGUUUAAAAGUGAACCAACCCGAACGACAGGACGAGCAGCGCGAGAAUGACGACGUUCAUGAAUCCUCUACGUGUAGUUUUAAUCGUACAGAGUUAUGAAGGGGAAACCUGUGAAGACCAGUUUCAUGGAGAAGGGGUUGCUUGUUUUGAAGGAGGUCAUAUUUACAAGGGGAGGUUUUCCAAGGGACUUAUGGAUGGACGUGGUGUCUUCAUAGGAGCAGACAGAUUGAAAUAUGAGGGAGAAUUUGUGUGCAACAUGCCCAUGGGCAAGGGCACCUACACCUGGCCAGAUGGCAGCUCCUAUGAGGGGGAAGUGGACAAUAGUACACGACAUGGGACUGGAACUUACAAAUGUGCAUUAAAUGGUGUGUCAUACACAGGGCAGUGGGAUCAGGGCAAGAGGCAUGGAAAGGGCACAGUGUAUUAUAACCAGGAUAAAACCUCUUGGUACAAAGGCGAUUGGGUGAGCAACAACAGAGAGGGAUGGGGAGUAAGACGCUACCCCUCUGGAAACAUUUACUCGGGUGAGUGGAAGAACAACCUGAGACAUGGAAAGGGCACGAUGAGGUGGCUAAAACUGGGACAGCAGUAUGCUGGGAUGUGGCAGAAUGGAGUCCAACAUGGACGAGGCACACAUGUGUGGGUCAUGAGGCGAGCGCAUGGAUCUCGAUAUUCCCAGAGUAAUCACUACACAGGGGAUUUCGUUCAGGGUCAGAGGCACGGGCAGGGAACCUUAUACUACGCUAAUGGUGCGAUCUAUGAAGAAGAAUGGAGAUGGAAUAACAAGCAUGGCAAGGCAAAAUUCACUUUUGAGGAUGGGCAUGUUUUUGAAGGAGAAUUUGUGGACGACCAGAUGAUGACACACAACCCGAAUGGCAACAAAGCCCCCACUGCUCUGCCUGGUACACAUAUCUUAAGAACAGACAUGGCUCUGAACAUUGAAUGUCUUCUGGAGAAAAUCCCAGAGACAGAGCGCGGCACUGAACUUAAACAGGUGGAGUUUGUGGUGCUGAGUGGAGCGAAAAAACUGAGGUCUGUCUAUAGUUUCUACAGCAGACUCGGCCACACCCACUCCCCAGAUAACACCUUCCUGCUGUCCCGCCUGCAGUUCUGGCGCCUGCUCAAAGACUGUAACAUCCACCAUCACGGCAUCACUCUGACGCAGGUGGAGCAUUUCCUCAGAGAGGAUGCUCCACCAGCAGAGAUCCACUCUCCUUUCAGCUCCAUGCUCCCGCAUAGACUCCUCAGCUGUCUAGUGAUCGUGGCCUACCACAUAUACCAUAAGGACAUGGUGUCACAAAGCAACCUUCUGGCAGACUGCUUUUCUAAACUGAUGACAUACAACAUCCUUCCUGGUUCUAAGAAUGUAAAAGGCUUCCUGUUUAGGCAGCCAGACCGUGCUGUGGUGGCUGUGAGUUACUUGAAGAAGUGCUGGGAAGUUUAUCAGGUUUACUGCAAAAUCAAUGUAAUCCCGGACCAGAGCAUGACCUGCCGACACCUGCUGUGGAUGUUCAAGGAUCUCCAUCUGCUGGACACUAACUUUACCACAGCGAGAUUACUGCAGGUCAUCGCUGCAGAAAGCUGUGACCCCAGCAACCCGUCUGCCUGUCUGGAUCUGGAGAUUACAUUCCUGGAGUUUUUUGAGGUUCUUCUGGGCUCUGCUGAGUUGAAGUGUCAGCAGGUUUCUGAAGGCCUGGUGGGGGGCCAGUCCCCGCCCAGGAGAGAUGCACCUGAGUUUCUUUCCAUCCAGGUGGCAGCUACAGUGAAUUCUCCCAUCGCUCCUGAAAUCUCCAGUUCCAAGUCAGUGGAGACAAGUGAUACAGCAGAAUCAUCCACCGCUGAGGACGUGGGGAGUCAACAAGAUGUCGAGACUGAAGUCACUGAGAAACCGCACACUGCAGAGCAAAGAAGUGAAGGAAACGGCAUGCUAACCAGAGGAAUUGAGGCCAUAGACUGUGACGUGGAGCUCUGGAACCAGAUGAUCCAUCUAUUCUUCAACCAGUUUUUCUUCCCGGCUUUUGAACAUAACCAGUUGGUGUCCAGAAAAAUGGAGAAGCUCCGCCAUGAAGCCCAGAGACGUAUUGCUCUGGCAAAAGGCCCAACAAAGAGCCAGGUAGAGGGGGCGGGGUGUUAGGAGGCUGAUGGAGGACACGAGAUGCGGCAGACAAACCCAACAAAGCGCAUUGAAUGUACUGCUGAUUUGUGCUUUGGAUGUAAAUAAAAGACCACUGUUCAAUA